AUGGAAGAUGUAAUAGCUGGUGGACCAGUAUAUAAUGUUCCAGGUUUGUCUUUUACAACAAAAGGGUUGGAAACAGAGUUUGAGAAACUAUUAACCAUAUGGACAGCUAUUGACUUCUCCGGCAACCAAUUCUCAGGAGAAAUUCCUAAAACAAUUGGAGAGCUUCAUUCACUAAUUGUCCUAAAUCUCUCUAAUAAUUGUUUAACAGGUCAUAUCCUAUCAUCAUUAGGUGAUUUCUCAGAACUUGAAUCAUUAGAUCUCUCAUCAAACAAGCUUCAUGGAAGAAUUCCAAUAGAGUUUACAAAUCUUGGAUUCCUAGAGAUGUUAAACCUUUCUCAUAAAAAUCUAGAAGGACCCAUUCCUAAGGACAAACAAUUGGAUACUUUCAGUAAUGAUUCCUGCAUAUGA